UGAAGUAACAAUGGAACAUGGAGUUGUAGGGUUAAACACAUAUCAGGGUUAAAAAGGUUGGUUGCUUCUAUUUAUCCUAGUUUGAACCUGGUCAGUCCCUUCCCUUAACCGAUUAGUAGCAUCCUCUAGCCACCCACUUCAAAUUCAGCAUUUGUUUCCCCUCUCAUAAUUUCCUUUAUAUCUGCACUCCACUGCAAGCCACCUUUUGAUAUGCCUGCCCAUGUACCAUACUGCCUCCCUUAUCAGCCCUUGGGGGGGGCCUCCUUCCACUUUGGUCUCUGCUUUCCUCCAUGCAGUCCGCUAUACAUGACAUUGCCAGGCGCUCUCAGUUCGUCAAUAUAGCUGCCUCUCCUUGUGAAAAAUUUCACCUUAGUCAGAGCACACCAAUAGUAGAGCACCAGUGUGCAACAGAGAGUACUUUACCUAGCCUAUUUUUUAAAAAAGCUAGGGCUGUAAAUCUUGACUACAUCUUGGUCACCUAUUGCUUUAUAUCUGUUUACUUUUGAUUGUGAGCUCCUCCACAAGGUCUGCAAGACUAAAGGCCUGUUAUAUUUCCCUUCUUUCCACUGCCCCAUCUUUCUUUCUUUCUUCUUUCUUUCUUUCUUUCUUUCUUUCUUUCUUUCUUUCUUUCUUUCUUUCUUGUUGAAUAUUGAAGUUUUAAACCAGUAAAUACACAACCAGUCCCACUUCAUUACCUAGUAACACUUUGUUACAGUCAAGAUGAAAAACUGGGAACUGACUGGAAUACACCAUGCAAAUUGAAACCUUUGAAUCUUCAAACUCAUCACUUGCUUCAUCUGUCCAUAAGAGUCUGAUCGUAUGAAUUUUAACUCACACAAGUAGAUCCUUUGAAAUCAACAGGACUACCUGGCUGACUAAGGAUUAUAUGUCUAAGUGCAUGUUGCAUGAUUAAUCAGAUAUGUUCCUGCUCCACAAAAAUCUCCAGGAAAUAUAUAUAUUCUCCAUCUUUUGUUUUAUUCAGAAACCCCACAGCAGAUCACUGGGCACUUGCUACUGGACUCCCAACGUAUGUCGCUGAAAGUGGCUUUAUCUGCAACAUUAUGAAUGCCGCUGCAGAUGAGAUGUUUAAAUUUCAGGAAGGUCCUGUAGAUGACUCAGGAUGGGUCAUCAAAAAUGUACUAUCUAUGCCAAUUGUAAACAAAAAAGAAGAAAUUGUUGGUGUUGCCACAUUUUACAACAGAAAAGACGGGAAGCCAUUUGAUGAACAGGAUGAGACUCUCAUGGAGUCUUUGACCCAGUUCUUGGGCUGGUCUGUCCUCAACACGGAUACUUACGAUAAGAUGAACAAGCUGGACAAUCGCAAGGACAUUGCUCAGGACAUGGUGUUGUAUCACGUGAAGUGUGAUAAGGAUGAAAUUCAGGAAAUUUUGCCAACAAGAGAGAGGCUGGGGAAAGAACCAAUGGAAUGUGAAGAAGAUGAAUUAACAGUAUUACUGAAAGAAGAACUGCCAGACCCCAUUCAGUCUGAGAUCUAUGAGUUCCACUUCUCCGAUUUCAAGUGUACCGAACUAGAGCUUGUGAAGUGUGGAAUUCAGAUGUACUACGAGCUUGGGGUGGUGAAAAAGUUCCAGAUUCCACAAGAGGUGCUUGUAAGAUUCAUGUAUUCUGUCAGCAAGGGUUACAGAAAGAUUACGUACCACAACUGGCGGCAUGGCUUCAAUGUGGCACAGACUAUGUUCACGCUUUUAAUGACUGGCAAACUGAAGCGUUACUACACAGACCUUGAAGCCCUUGCUAUGGUAACUGCAGCUUUGUGUCAUGAUAUUGAUCACAGGGGCACCAACAACCUUUAUCAGAUGAAAUCUCAACAUCCUUUAGCAAAACUUCAUGGUUCAUCAAUUUUAGAGAGACAUCACUUGGAAUUUGGAAAGUUCUUGCUUUCAGAAGAGUCUCUGAAUAUCUACCAGAAUCUCAACAGGAGACAGUUUGAGCACGUGAAUCAUUUGAUGGAAAUUGCGAUCAUAGCUACGGAUUUAGCACUUUACUUCAAAAAGAGAACUAUGUUUCAGAAGAUUGUUGAUGAGUUCAAGACGUAUGACAAUGACAAUGCCUGGACUGAAUAUUUGUCUCUGGAAACAACACGAAAAGAGAUUGUCAUGGCCAUGAUGAUGACUGCCUGUGACUUAUCUGCGAUCGCUAAACCCUGGGAAGUGCAGAGUAAGGUAGCGCUCCUAGUAGCUGCUGAAUUCUGGGAACAGGGAGACUUGGAAAUAAGCGUACUUCAGCAGCAGCCAAUCCCUAUGAUGGACAGGAGAAAAGCUGCUGAGCUUCCAAAGCUUCAAGUCGGUUUCAUUGACUUUGUGUGCACGUUUGUCUAUAAGGUAAGUGAGUUGCGCAGCAAGGAAUGACUGCUUGCUCGUGCAGCAGCAAUGAAU